UUGCUUUGUAUUCUUUCCUUUCACCUUUGCACCCCCUUCCCUUUCGCACCCCCUUCCUUUUUGCUUUGCACCCCCUUCUCUUCCCUUCUGCUCCCCUUCCCUUUUGCACACCACUUCCUUUUCCACUUGGGGGUGUGUGUCUUUGUCCUUUUUAUUCUUGCCUCCCCCCAACAUUCCCAAAGGCUAGGAAUGAGGUGUCCCCCUCCCAUCCCAAAACAAGUGGCACCCCGCUCCCCCAAAUCCUCUUUUGCAGCUGUGUUCCUGGAGACUUGGGAGCAGGGCUGGAACCCCAUUUUGGACCCCUUUCGGCUGCUUUCCAAAUGCCCUGAAAAUGCACAAAACAACAAGGCACACCCCCCUCCAAACUAAGCCAGCUUUUCAAACAAUCCCUUGCACCUUGUUCCAAGUGACCAAGAUGACCACCAGCGACAAAGAGAGGACCCCUCAGCUGCUCUUUGUGAAAGCCUUGGCCAGCCGCGGGCGCCUGGAGGCCAUCACCCAACAGAUGGGCUACCACCCGCAAUACCUGGACAGCUUCCUCCGGAUGCAGCAUUACCUCCUCCACAUGGACGGGCCGCUGCCCUUCGACUGCCGCCACUACAUUGCCAUCAUGGCAGCUGCCAGGCACCAGUGUCACUACCUGGUGAACCUCCAUGUGCUUCAGUUCCUGCGGGUCGGGGGUGAUCCCCUGUGGCUUCGGGGGCUGGAUUACAUCCCCUCGAAACUCCGCAAGCUCAGCGAGAUCAACAAGAUCCUGGCCCACAGACCCUGGCUGGUUGGCAAAGAGCACAUUGAGAAGCUACUGAAGAUCAGCGAGCAGAGCUGGUCCUUGGCCGAACUGGUCCAUGCCGUCGUGCUCCUCGCCCACUACCAUGCACUGGCCAGCUUCGCUUUUGGCUGUGGCUGCGAGCAGGACCUUGGCCCCGAGGGUCGGGGAUUGCUGAAGCUGACCCUACCGGGGAGCCUGUGCUUUUGCGACGUCGGGAACGGCUGCAGCCAGGAGGUCCUUCAUCUCAGCCGCAAGCGGUCCUUGGAUUCCUGUGUGGAGCUGGAGUCUCUGCGCGAACGCAUCCACAGGCUGCAGGUGGAGCACGAGGCCCGGGAAGAGAUGCGGCUGCCCGACAGGGAUGAAGGUUUUGAUGGAGAAAUCUCCAGCGCUGCUGACCUCUCCUGCUAUCUGCAGGACCCCACUUUUGGAUACCAAGAUUUUGUUCAAUGCGAUGAAGACCAGCUGCAAAUAUUCCGUGUCCAGGAUUAUUCCUGGGAAGACCAUGGCUUCUCCUUGGUGAACCGGCUCUACUCGGACAUCGGGCAUCUGCUGGACGAGAAGUUCCGGAAAGUCGAUGGGCUCAAGAGUUGCUCCAUGGCCAAGCGGCAGGGCUGUGAACACGCCACUUUCAAGCGUGGCAUUUGGAACUACAUCCACUGCAUGUUUGGGAUCAGGUACGACGAUUACGACUACGCCGAGGUGAACCACCUCCUGGAGCGCAUUCUCAAGCUCUACAUCAAAACAGUGACCUGCUUCCCGGAGAAGAUGAACCCAGAGAUGUUUGAACGCUUCUGGAAGCAGUUCAAGCACAGUGAAAAGGUCCACGUGAAUCUUCUCAUCCUGGAAGCCCGUCUCCAGGCAGAGCUGCUGUAUGCCCUCCGGGCCAUCACCCAUUACAUGGUCUCCUAAAAAAGAAAAAGGGGGUCGCGAUAGAGGCUUCCUUGGGACUUGUGCACCAUGGCAUUCACCCACCGUGUUUACUUCACAGCCUUUCCGUUCCCCUCUUGAAACAUGGGGAGAAAGAGAUGGGGGACCCCCCACCUCGCUCUGCUCCCUCCCCAUCCUUCCAUCUUCAUGUGCAAUCGCUGGACCGCGGCUCUGCAGGUGGGAUCGAUCUGGAAGCCGGGACCCUCGUGCGUGGCACAGCACGGCAGGGGACUUUUCUGCCCUCUCCGAUGGGCAUCGCUUGUGCGGAAGGAGAGUGGCAGCCAGCCACAGGAGUGGGAAUGGGGGAGGAAUUGAUCUGUGGAUCUCUUUUUUUGUGGGGGGGUGAAUGAUGCUUCCACGGUUCUGACUUCAGUGUCGUCCCACUAUGAGAAAGAGGGUCUGUCCUUUCUUGGUGCCAUGCCUGCUGCUGCUGCUCCUGGUACCAAUGUGACUCCUCUUUUGGGAAGACAGGAAACUCAGUUUGGUCUCGGACACUGGCUUUUGAUGUGGGUUGGUGCUUUCGAAUCAGACUUCUUCAGAGAUCUGGGUUUAAUUCGGGCGAGAGGAAUGGAGUGCAUGCUUACCUCCUGCUAGCGUGGUCUUCGAAGGCUGCUCAUUGGACAAUUUUAGACUCCAGUCCCCAGAAGCCAUAGUGGGCUAAUGUUCAGGGGACCCUGGGGACUCGGUUCCAAAAGGGUCCGUAGGACUCAUGCCAGGGAGAGAGCGUGCCCAGACUUUUGCUUGUACAUUUUCAAAGCUUGGAGGGGGAAAAUGUGACCUGUUUUGGACUAGCAAGCCCUCAAUUCUAUGCUGGGAGGGAUUCUGGGGAGGCUGUAGUCCCAAAAGAUCAUUUCUACCCAGCCUUGCCCCCCCCCCCCCUUUUUUUUUUUUUUUUGUCUCGCUCUUCUUCCUUUCUCUCAGUGGUCAAACUGGAUUCCUGUGCCCACUCUGCCAGUUGGUCUCCUAAACUCUGUACUGUCCUACUUUUCCUUUACUCAUCAGCUGCACCCCACACAAAGCUUUGUGACCGUCCUACAGCUUCCUUCCUUGAAGUCUUGAUUCCUAAUUUGCAUGGCAGACUGGCAGGGCUGUGUGGCACAUUUCCCUGGCUGCUCCUGCCACUGCCACCCAUAACCAGACACCCACCACCCCACAUCCAUACGCAAAAGACACACUCCACUUGUGGCUUUGGUGUGGUCCUCUGCCCGCCUGCCUUGAUGGCUUUCUUCCUUGUGUCCUUUGGCACUUCCAGUCGCUACCAAGGAGUGGGAAGAGGUUCUUCCAGUAUCUUCUCUCACUUGAUUAUUUUUUCAUUUUGUUUUUUCUUCCAGAGUGUGUUCAGAUGCUGGGAAGGGUGGGUUUCAAGGAGACCUCCUUGCAAUCUUGUCCUUGCAUGGAGGCCUUCGCUGCUAUUUGGGGUGGGGGGCGGAUUUUGCACUCGGCUCCCUGGUGCCAUCUUUGCAAACCCACACUCUUCUUUGCAAGGGGAGGGAUGCCCGGUUUUUUGCACGCUUUCUAUGUGGACCACUGUACAGAUCCUGCAUCCGUCGGGAGUCGGAAAGGGGGGGCAGGUGGGGCGGGCGAGGGGUGUGUGUGUGGUUUUUGUGGGGGAAAGAUGCCAGCGGGGCUCCUGGCAGAGAUGGGGCACGGGGCGGCUGGAGCUGGUUCAGCACACUUGCGCGCAUACACACGUGGCGGUGGCUGACCUGUUUACUGUGUAAAUGUUUUGGGGAGGGGUGGGGGGUCCGAACCUUGUGUGGGGAAGAGAGUACAAAGCCUAUUUUUGCU